UUGAAUCAAAAUUAAAAUCAUCAACAAUCACACCUGGACGUCUUCAAAAAGACUUUUUAUUUUAUUUAAGAAAAAUAAUUUACCAAGAUUUAAUCAAUUUACAUAAUUCAAGAAGAAAUAAAACAAAAAUGUCCAAAGGCGUAAUAUCAUUUGACAUAUCAAAAAAUGAAAAAUUUCAACUGUCAGAAAAUUAUAAAAUGUUGCAUCGUAAGAUCAAAAUGAAUUGGAAAGUUGAACAAAAUGAUGGAGAACUUACAAAAGAAAAGUUGGCAAGAGUUAAUAUUUUUGUUAUUGCUGGACCACAGGAUAAGUUUACGGAAGAUGAAUUUAUUGUUUUGAAGGAAUUUAUUGAAAAUGGUGGAAAAGUUAUGACACUAUUGGGUGAAGGCGGUGAAAAUGAUUAUAAUACAAAUGUGAAUUUCUUUUUGGAAGAAUAUGGAAUGUACAUAAACAGUGACACAGUUGUUCGCCCGCAUUACUACAAAAAUUUCCACCCCAAGGAGUGUGUGAUCGGUGGUGGUGUUGUCUGCGAGUCGAUGUGGCGCGAUCUUAUCAAACAAGAUAUCGAAAUAGUUGAUUAUGAGUUUAGCGAUGAGAAACAUCGUAUUCACUUUCAAUAUCCCUACGGAGCAACGCUAAAUGUCACCGAUCCAGCUAAUAUCCUCAUGACAACCGGACCAGUUGUUUACCCUUUCAAUCGACCCCUAGUUGGCUAUUAUCACAACAACAACAACGAUAGCAAUGGAAAAAUUCUUGCCAUCGGUUCGGGAUACAUCUGGCAUGAUAAGUAUCUGACAGAUAAAACAAAUGACGCCAUUUUGGAGUAUUUUCUUAAUCUCCUAUCGAAUGACAGCAUUCGAUUUACACAUUUGGAUUUUAAUGAUGUUGAGAUAAAUGACACCAAAGUAUUUACAGAUAUCGCAUUCCUGUCAGACUUGCCUCGACCAUGUUUGGUUGAUUCAAUUGGCUCUGAAACUCCAUCGGAUUUUAGGCAAAUGUUCGAUAUGACAUUAUUUUCGCUUAGUAAUCGCUUGUUGAAAGAAGUCAUAGAUACGUAUCGGCAAUUAAAUGUUAAAUAUGAACCUCUCAAGAUAAUUAAACCACAGUUUGAGAUAUCAUUACCACCGUUACAGCUUGCGACCUUUCCGCCGAUUUUCAGUGAACCACCAGCUCCGCCAUUGGAACUUUACAAUUUAGAUGAAGUUUGCAGCUCGUCACGGUCGCAAUUGACACAAAUGACAGGGAAAUGUUUGUCAUCGAUUCAAGCCAAGGAUCCGCGGAAGCCAAUCAAUGCAAAGGAAUUGGAAAAUUAUAUUAAGGAAUGUGCUAGGAUUACUGGAAUUUAUCCAGGAGACGGACGUGGACUUGAGAUGACAGCAAGGGAAAUUCUUAAUGUUAUCGCUGUGAAUAUUUGUAACUUUAAACCAUAUUUAGAUGAAUAAACGUUCCUUUUUUUUGUUUAAA